CUUGCAACAUAGUCAGCAAAGAGAAUGAGGCAACAGAAGACUAUUCAAGCAAUUUACUGCACCUACUGUCGAGAGAUCACUCCCUAAACACCUAAACAUCUCGAGGCAGCUCCAGGUAGACAAUGACUAAGCUUCCCCAGAAAUGAAGCCAAUCAGAAAUCUCAGUUAUGGACUCAACUUGAAGCUUCCCAGGUACCUACCUACCUACGAGUACACUGAGGAUUCCCAGCUCAGUUAGUGGUACGUGUUACAGGAGAAUCCACGCAAUGGAACUCGUCACAGAGUUCCUAAAAUCCAUUGGUGACGAGGUGGACGACGCCGAAGAGGAAUCCUUCCUUCUCUUCUCUCAAGAUAUCCCCUCGUCGAAUCUAGGCUUCGUCGACUCCAAGGCCACAUCCGUCGACCUCACCAUCCACGACCACGACUAUACCAUUCACCAAUCCCCUACGCUUCUCUCAUCGUCACGAGCAGGAGGAACAACCGGAGCAGUACUCUGGAAAAUCACCCCCCUCUUCGCAGAAUGGAUCUCAUCCCGCAAAUCCAACCCCCUCUGGACCCAUUCCCUUCUGUCCGCAUCAUCCACAGCCGUCGAGCUCGGCUGCGGAAUCUCAGGCCUCGUCUCGCUCACGCUCGCCCCGCAAAUCCAGCACUACAUAGCCACAGACCAAGAAUACGUCCACCGGCUAUUCCGCGAGAACCUCGAGAACAACCCCCCGCGAGCGCAAUCCCAGUCCCUGCCUUCGUCUUCCAGAUCCACCCGAGCAAAGAAGCAACGGGCGCCACCCGCGCACCUUCACCACCACCACCACCACCACCACAACAUCACAUUUACAUCGUUGGAUUGGGAACUCGAUCACCCGGAAACACUCAAGGAUAGCAUCAGCGUGGCCGGCGCUGAAUCCACUCCCGCCGCCGCAGACGGCAACGCAAAAGACCCAGGCUUCGACCUCCUCGUCUCAUGCGACUGUAUCUACAACGAAGCCCUCGUGGCUCCCUUUGUCCGCACCUGCGCGGAAAUCUCCCGGCUGAGACCGGGGUAUGCUCGCCCCGGGACGGCGGCGGACGGGCGCCCGCCAACGGUGUGCGUUAUUGCGCAGCAGCAGCGGUCUCCGGAUGUGUUUGAGGCGUGGCUGCAGGAGACGCUGAGGUAUUUUCGGGUGUGGAGGGUGAGGGAUGAGGUGGCGGGAGAGAAGUUGAAGUUGGGGACGGGGUAUUUGGUGCAUGUUUUGCUUUUGAGAUGCGAUGUUGGAGCGUGAUUUUGAUUUAUGUAUAUGCUAUUUCUGGCCUAGGCGCUGUUAAGUUAUACGGCUACCUGGAGUUUUGUUUGUGUGUGUGUGUGUGUGUGGAGGCUUGAGUUAAA